UUGUCAAGUACCUUUCCUUUCGAACAGAACAGAAACACUGCCAACACGCUGUUUGUCAACAGAAGCGUCACGAACGAAAGGUUUUUGCCACACUUCGCGUUGCAUGUAAACAUAUUUUUUAUCUGCGCCCAUUGGUUGAUACAGUUUGUUGCAAAUAGUACAGUUUAACGUGUGAAGUUGUCGGAUUUUGUUUGCGUUGCAAGGAAUAGAGUUGUGCCGGUUUUUGGGUUGCUUUUUAGCAUCAUUAAGCGCAAUAUUUAACACACAUAUCAGACAACAAGAGGGCACAGCGAGUCCGGGCAAGAAUUACCACCGAAUGUUCUUCCAGUUUUGAGAAACAAAGCCAUCAGUCCUGUCAUAUCGUAAAAGAGAUACAACCCGCGUUGGACCCGCAUUUGUACUGUGAGUUGGCAACUUUUUGAUACCGAACGUAUCAGCUUCUUAUCUGACAAAAGUGAGCGUAAAUAGUUGUACAAAAAAAAAGGAAGAGUGUACACGCUCGAUCAUCACCGGUUGGAACAGUAUCUCAUCUGCUGAAGUACCUGACAAAAUAUCUCAUCUGGCAAAAUGAUGCGUGGUGGACCAUUGAUUCGUUUGGCGCAAGUUGGACUGUGUCCUGGGGUGACGGCUUCGAUUGGCCGACACCAGCGCUACUGGAGUCAGCAAUGCGUUCGGCUACUGAGCACCAAGCGUCAGGUGAAAUAUCUCGAGGAUACGAUCUUCCCGCCGGAGAAUGGGUUCGAGCAGAACUCACUGUACGGCAACAACAUUCCGGUACCGCACGUUACCUUGGACCAUUACUUGUGGGAUCGAUUCAGCCAGUGGACCAACAAGCAAGCCGUGGUUUGCGGCAUAACCGGACGUAGCUACACCUAUGGCACACUGCGCGAUCAUUGUGCGGCCCUUGCGAUUCGAUUGCAGCGAAAGCUGAAUCUCACAUUCGGCAAUACGCUUGCCAUUUGUCUACCCAACAUUCCAGAGUUUCCGCUCGUCACGUUCGGUGCUAUCGAGGCCGGUUUGGUGGUAACGACCAUAAAUCCGAUCUACACCGCAGAGGAAAUUUCCCGACAGCUGCUGGACAGUGAUGCAAAGAUACUGAUCGGGCUGGCUUCCAACUAUGCAGUAUUAAAAGAGGCAGCAGAGCAGGCAAAGCGUGACAUACCGAUCGUCUGCAUCCGAUGCACUAACGAUGAGAGUCUGCCUGCCGGUGCCAUUGAUUUUAACGAGCUCGCUAAUCCCAAAGGUAUUCACUACAGUGAGCUUCGCCAGCAUGAUCGCACGGCGGACGAUAUCGUCUUCCUGCCGUAUUCCUCCGGUACUACCGGUCUACCGAAAGGGGUCGAGUUGACGCAUCUUAACGUCGUAUCUAACAGUGAAAUGCUUGGCGCGAAGGCUGGCACUGGUACGGUCGUGCUGCCAACCACUGACACCUUCCAGGAUGUGCUGCCAUGUGUGCUUCCGUUCUUCCACAUCUACGGCUUGACGGUGACGAUGAUCUCGAAGCUGCAGCAGGGCUGCAAGCUGGUAACCUUGCCCAACUUCAAACCAGACACGUUCCUUAAUGCUCUUGCCGAACACAAGGGCACGGUAUUGCAUCUCGUACCACCGAUAAUCAUAUUCCUCGGACACCAUGAAGGCGUUAAGCCACAGCAUACGAAAUCCAUCCGGAAUGUGUUCUCCGGAGCCGCACCGAUGGGAACGCCAGAUGCGGAACGCUUUACCGCACGGGCACCGAAUGCAGAGUUCAUUCAGGGCUACGGAUUAACCGAGACUGCUCCGGUUGUGUUGAUGGGUGCGCUUGGUUCACGUAACUACGCCUCGGUCGGCUCACCGUGUCCACGCACCCAGGCAAAGAUUGUCGAUUUGAACGAUCCCACCAACACUGCGCUCGGACCGAACCUGUCCGGUGAGCUGCUGGUGCGUGGUCCGCAAGUGAUGAAGGGUUACCACAACAAUCGCAAGGCAACGGACGAAAUGAUCGUCGAGGGUGGUUGGUUGCGCACGGGUGAUAUUGCUCACUACGAUGACAAUCUGCAGUUCUACAUCACCGACCGGUUGAAGGAACUGAUCAAGGUGAAGGGCUUCCAGGUGCCACCGGCUGAGCUGGAGGAGCUGUUGCGAUCGCACGAAUCCGUGGCCGAUGCGGCGGUUGUCGGAAUGCCGCAUCCUGUCGCCGGAGAAGUACCGCGUGCAUUUAUCGUGGCAAAACCGGGCGCGCGGGUAACGGAAGACGCACUCAAGGAGUUUAUCGCAGAAAAAGUGGCCGUGUACAAGCGGCUCGAGGGAGGUGUCACCUUCCUGGACAGUAUUCCGAAGAACGCAUCUGGCAAGAUCUUGCGGCGGCAGCUCAAACUGGAGCACUGCUCAUAGGAAAUGUGUGGGAAUGAUGAAGCGACCCGAUAUUACCCGACCAAGUAAGGAGGGCAGACCACUAUUUCUUUUUAAAAACAAAUCUCAUACCAUCUAGCUCGAAGGAGGAUGACCCCCCGAGGGUGGGGGACGUCCGUAAGGAGGUGUGUAUCGUUGAAGAUCAUUUAUCAACUAUUUUCUCCACAGACUGUUUAGAUUGAUAGGGUAACUAAGGUGUGGUGGCAUUUACCGAUGAAGCCACAUGGUUUCUGUGUGUGAUGUAUGUUUUUGUUUUAGGACGUUAAAACGUUGUUUUAGAUUGUGUUUAGCGUAUCGUUUCCUGCAAACUUCUUCGAGCACGGUAGAGCACAAAGCAAAAAAGUACACUUGAAACAGGAAGGCGUAUCCUUAAGAAAGAGACCGUUUUUUUACAAUAUAAAAUAUACUAAAACUUUGCAAAUUCUUACCAAAUGAA